AUGGAUAAUCAAUCACUAAGGGAGCAUAACACCUUGAGACUCUGUUAUUCUUCGUAUGAUGGCGCAAGUGCCGUUCAAGACGGAUGGAGAUGCCAAAGCUGCAAGGAACACCCCGACCUCAUGGUGUAUCUUGCCAAAUCGGUAUCCUGGGCUGUCUCGCGCUGGACCGAGACUAGUCUUUUUAAAUAUCUGCAGGGGAUGUCCAAUAACAUUCACAAACGCUCUAUCGAUGAACAGACAGAAUACAUCUUCUCUAUCCUCAUGGUUCUUUAUACGCUGCGGAAGCGCUCUGAGCAAUUGAUUUCAGAUCACUCAACUGAAACAGAUGAGGCAUUGGUCGCGGGUCUGCUUGAUCGCCAGCACCGUCUCCAAACCGCACUCUGGGUGUAUUGUUCGAUCACAAUUCGCAAAAUGCCCAAAUGGUCAAACAUCUGGGACAAAAUCCAGCGCCGUUUGCCGUUUGUCUUUGGCAGAGAGACAGCCAGAAUGCUUGACGAGAAUUUCGAAUGUGGCGUCGCCUGCUUUCGUCCCAGGGCUGCUUGGAUUUCCAAAUCCGCACAACGCUACAUUGAGAUAUCCAAGCUUGCGGGAAUGGCUAAUAAUGACGUCCACGAAGACACACAGUCCAUCGCGAUGGAAGAUUUCCUGGAAUUUAUUGACUUAUCACCCAGGUCCCAGCUCGACGUUAUUUGCCGUUCCCGGGACCGAUAUGCUUCAGGGGGCUCACUGACGGCGACAUCGUCUGACGAAGGACGGGCUGCAGCGACAAGCGCCUUCUUGACACUAGCACGUCUCAAUUUGGUGUGGAGCGAAGACUGUCACCCACGUUUCCGUACAAUGUAUCUCGAGAACCUCAAUAUGUCCCUGGUCGUGCUCCAUUCCUCCCCCGAAGAUGCCCUGCUUGAGAUCUAUCGCCUCGUUUGGGACGCGAAUCCAAGUGGUCCUAUCGGUGAAAGCUAUCUCGCUCAGUUCCGUUGGAACACUCGUUCCGGUCAAAGAUGGACUGAGUUGGAAGACCUAGUUGGUCCUGAGGUGAUUCUGCUGGGGAAUCCUGUUCAGCCUUUUUUGCACGGCCAUCGCUCCGUCACUCUGAGCAUUUCUCAAAUAGUCGAGUUCGCGAGCGAUACAGAGUUCUCGCAAUUCAAGGCCGCCAUAUCGUGUCACCUUGGCUGGCUCCCAGACGCCUGUACCAGACUUCGUGGUGUUGGACAAAAGAUCAUGGACUACCUUUGGGUUGAUGAUACUGAAAGCCAAGAGCGUCUUGGACUCCAGAUCAAGAAUGCAUUGACAGAGGUUUUCGGCACAACGGCGAUGGUCAAGGAAAUCUCUGAUUCCGAUGAAAGGGUGUUGAAGGAAGCCCUAGUUGCGCGAGGACGACGUCACGAUACAGACAUUUUUCCAGCUAAGGUUCGGACGGACAUCUGGUCAUACAUUGUUCUUAGUGUACCAGGUGUCGGGGUUCAGCUCUUGGACGAUGACGGAAAGAAAUCGCCUUUUGACAUGGGAGAGGCGAAAUGCCGGGUAGACUCAUUCGUGCGUGAUGAAUAUGCGGAUUGGCCUAGGCAUGAACUAGAGAGGUUGAGGGAGUGGACAAGGGGGGCAGUGGAAAUCCUCUAUUCGGUCGAAUAG